AUGCCAAGAGAGGAAGAGGACGUUUUUGAUAAAGAAAUUUCGGCGGACAGCAGUGAUAAUUCUGACGAAGAUGAAUAUGAAGUUGAAAAGAUAGUCUCUGACGAAUGGGAUGCCAAAAAGCAAAAGCGAUUUUAUUGGGUCAAAUGGGUUGGUUACCCUUCAAGUGCGAAUACUCUUGAGCCGGAAGAAAAUUUGAAAUGUCCAGAAUUAUUGGAAGCUUAUAAGGCUAAAAAGGAGCGAAAACGAAAAGAAGUUUAUGACCAAGACAGUGGAGACGAAGAUUUUAUUGUUCCAGAUGACCAAUCUCCGAUAGUUGACUUAAAAAGUAAUAAAGAGCAUCGCCAUGAGAAAACAGUGAAGAUAAAAAGUGAAAAGAAGAGCACUAAAUAUUCUGAUCAAUCUACUUCUUCAAGCACUUUAAGCCGACUUUUGAAGAAUAUGAAAAGGGACAACAACUUUCCAAGAUCAUCUUAUUCUUCAUCUUUCACACACGAGAGAAAGCAUCGAAUUGAAAAGAAAUCUUCAUCAACUUCGUCAAAAGAUUCUUCACGUUCGUCAAGUUUACGACCAAAUUCUGAAAGUUCGACGCUCAAAAACUUGAAAAAUAAAAGAAAAAAUCUGCCAACGGUGGAUGAAGAGGAAAGUGACAAAACAAUUCCAAAGAAGAAGAAAAUUGAAAAAACUGAAGAAACUGUGAUUGUGAAAAGGAUCAGCUUAAGCCCAACUUCUGAUGAAGAUAGUAACAUUGAUGAAGAAUCUCCCAAAAAACCUUCAAAGGAAACAAAUCAGCAACAAGUUAGUAAAUUAAGGACUUCUUCAAUUAUUCCAAAUUCUUCUUCCUCAUCGUCCUCUUUUGCAGAUUUAUAUCAAAAAUUUAAAAAGAAGAAAAAUGUCGAAGACGCCAAAAAAUUGAAGAAACAAAAAAGUGUAGAAGAAGAAAAAUUAGAAAAGAAAAAGCGAAUGGAAAAAUUAAAAAAAGAAGCUUUACAAGAAUAUUUAUCAAGUCAAAGUGAUACAGAUGAUGAAUUGAGCUUGACAAAUAAUAAUUUGGAAGGAACGACCAAAGUUAAACAAAAGAAGAUAAUUAAUAGUGAAGAUAGCAGUGUUGAUGGUGGUGAAGAAAAUUAUAGUGAAAGACCUGCUAGCGUUAUUUCGGAUGAUAAAGAAAAGGAAGAAAAUGUUGAAAGAGUUGAGAGAACGAGUGAUGACAAUAGUAUUGAUACUUCACCAGAUGAACAACAAUUAAUUUCUGACCACAACGAAAUUGUUGAGGAAGGAAAUGAGAAAAACAACAAUGAAGAGGAAAGAGUGGACGAUGAUUCUGUUAAUGAUGAACUAGUGAAAGGAUUGGAAGAAAUUGAUCGUUUAUUUGAAUAUAAAGUCGAAAACAUUACUGCAACUGAAGAACAAAUGCCAAGACGACAAUUGCUCGUUGAUGGAAAUGAUAGCGAUAAUGGAUCUCAAGAAACAGACCAAAUGGAUUUGCAAAUUCCUCCAACACCAAAGAGUUAUGCUACUGUUGAUUCAUUUGAAGAUGAACAGGAUUUAAGUACAAAUGAUCAAAUGGCUGUUUAUCAAAUGGAAGAGGAAACGAAACGAGGCAAACAAAGGAUGGCAUCUACUUGUUCUUCCACAGUUAACCGAUCAGCCACAAUUCCAUCAACCGCUAGUGAUGAUUUCUAUCAACGUUUGCUUGAUGGAACUAUCGAUGAAUGGGAAAAUCAACCGGAACUGACUGAUGAAAUAUUAGCGAGUAUUCCUAUGGAGGAAAUGGAUAAGCCAGAUUAUGAACCUUUAGAGCCAAUUAGUGUUGAUAGUAUUUUCAAAGGCAAGGUUCGUAUUUUUAAUUCGCCGAACCAGAAGAAUGGAUUUGAUCUCGGAUGGAAGGUGGAAAGUAUUCUUGGAAUGACUGCCGAAGAUGAUAACAUGUGCAUUGUUAAAUUUAUUGGAUUUAGCACUCCUCAGAAGCUUCCUUAUGAAUUGGUUCGAGAACAUGCUUUACAGGACUAUUUUAUGUAUCGUCAGUGGAUUGGAUGUAAGAUUAAUCCAACGAUGAGAGGUGCUUACUGGGAUAAAGAAUUGCUUAAUCCUUCUAGUUGGAUGACAGAAAAAGCGUUGACAUCAUUUAAGCAGUGGAAAGAAGAGGCGGCGCGUAAUAUUAAAAAAUAG